CACACACACGCACACACUUGUUCCUUCGUGCUUUAACUCUAAUACACUUCCUUGAGGUGUGUGAAGCAGUAGCCAUGGCUGAAAAGAAGGAUGAAAAUAUACUGAGCUUUUGGAUGCCGGGUAACUAUGCCGCUACAGUACACAGGACUAAAGACUCGUACCAGGUAUGUGAUGUCAUUGUGGACUGUUUCAAAGACAGAGCUCGAGUGGAGAAACUUUACGCUCAACAACUCACUGAGUGGAGCAACAAAUGGAAAAAAAUAUCUGACUCCAGACCAAUGUAUGGCUCCCUCCUUAGGGCAUGGCAAUGUUUUUUCUCCUCCACUGAGCGUUUAUCUGCACUGCACACAUCUAUUUCUCAGUCCCUUGUUUUGGAGGAUGGACAGCACAUUCGUUCCUGGCAGAAAGAGGCAUUUCAGAAAAAGCUGUUUGGUGGUUUUCGUGAGUCAUAUAACCUGAAGCGAGAGUUUGCACAUGCUCAAAGGCCCUGGUUAAAAAAACUUAAAAAGCUGCAGAAAGCGCAGAGGGCCUACAAUAAAUCAUGUCAGAAGGAGCAGAAUGUGUUGAAUAAAGAAUCUCGGGCCAAAAACAAAAUCAACCAAAAUGAACAAACACUCGUCAAAAUCCAACAGGCCAAGAAGACUGCAGGACAGGACAGAGAUCAAGCACGGGAGCACUAUGUGAAGGUCCUGGAUGAUCUGAUUGGCUACACUCCCCGCUACAUGGAGGACAUGGAGUCAGUGUUUGACCAAUCACAGGAGCAGGAAAGAAAGAGGAUCAGCUUUCUGAAAAACACUCUGUUGUCCAUACACACACAUCUGGACAUCACUAACAAUCAAAGUGUGAAGGCUGUGUACAGUGAUCUGUUACACACUCUCACGUCCAUCAAUGAGCAGGACGAUUUGCACUGGUGGAAGAACAACCAUGGCCCAGGAAUGAGCACAAAUUGGCCCACAAUGCAGGAGUGGGCUCCUCCAUGUAAGAAGCAGAAAUAUAUAAGGAAACCAAGGCCGCAGAUUGAGGAGGGUGUAAUGAUCGGAGGAGUACAUGUUCGAGCUCUGUAUACGUACACAGGCGAGAAUGAGGAUGAGCUGUCAUUCAAAGCAGGCGAAGAGUUCCUGAAAGUUGAGGAUGAAGAUGACCAGGGUUGGUGUCGUGGAGUUAAAGAAGGCGGAGUGGAAGGCUACUAUCCAGCCAAUUAUGUCCUGCCAGUCGAGUGACAUCAUCAAUAUGCACAGUGAUGUAGUCACAAAACACGAAGAUGGGGCGGGACUUAUGUUGUGAUGUGUGAAGUUUGUUAUGCAAACUGUCAAUCAAAAUUUUAAAAUGGUCUUGGAAGUUUAUGAGCAUUGGCAAACACACGUGCAUGCACGAGGGUGAUAAUAAGUAACAAACUAAUUUAUAAAUGUGCUUUUGUAGUGUUCUAUUGGUAUAAUUUAAACAGAUUAUGCUAAUAUAAACACAUUGAAUCCUAAUUAAUAUCCAUUAGCCAGAUUUAUCUUUAUCUACAAACACACACUAAUUAAUUCUACUACAACUCCACAAUCAGAUAAUCACAUUCUCACUGCCCCCUGUUGGACAGAACUAGCAUGUGCUCAACUGAAAUACUAAGAUGUAAGAUGUUUCAGUAAAGUUUCUUGACAUUAAA